UAAAAUGAGGUUUCAAUCUUCAUUCCAACGUACUUAGUAGUAGCAACUCUUUUUAAGACGACAAAGUCAUUUUUUACAAUAGUAAAAGCCCUGAUUUCUAAGUCUUUUUUACCAACACGCAACAGGUAUGUUUGUUGUGGAAAUGUUUUUCGAUGAAAUCGUUACUUUGCGCCUAACCUCCAACUAGAUAUAAAUACGGCACACGAUAAGCGUGGAUAAGUGAUUGCUAAGUCGUAGAUUAAAAACCAAUUUUCGACAACCACGGUUUGCGAAUCCCGAUAAGCUCAGCUGACAAGCCACCAGCAAAAGCCCAUUCCUUUCGCCCGGAACAUAAUCUUUAUGACCCGGGCCACCAUUCGGACCCAUUAGGGUUAGAACCCAAAAGAAGAAUUGAUUUCUUCGAAUGCAGUUUGCAUUGGACCGCCGUACGAAGUGAACGUUUCCCCAAAGGUGAUUUGUGAGUGAAAUAAGAUGGCAAAGUCGAGUACAUUGAUGCUGAUAGUGGCUGCUGCUGGUGCUCUGCUUGCUGCUGGUGCAUUCGUUGAUGGAACCCGUUACCAGGGCACGAUCGAUUGGAGCCGUGUAAGGCCUUUGCAUGAAUUUCCUCACAUUGCGGCACGUGUAGGUCAGCUGAAGGAAGUGCAGCUGGAUGGCGGAUUUAAAGGACCUUCGAUGCGCAUCGUUGGCGGAUCGAUUGCUACUGCUGGACAAAUCCCUUACCAGGUUGCCGUCCUAUCAGACCUAGAAUCUGGACAGGCGCUGUGUGGUGGUGUCUUGCUAUCCAACAACUUCGUCCUAACGGCCGGUGUUUGUGUCGAGAAUACAUCCGGCGGUGUGAUCGUACUCGGUGCACUCAAUCUACAAAACGAAGCAGAAGCGGGUCAGGUUAGAAUCACCUUCGCUGCCGGCAACGUACGUCUCCAUGAAGAAUUCUUGGGUGUGAUCUUCCGCAAUAAUAUCGCAGUGAUUCAACUGUCGCAAUCGGUCACAUUCAGCGAUCGGAUCCAACCGGUGCGUAUUCCUGCAGCUACCGAUAGCCGUACCUUUGCGGGCAUGCUUGCGACGGUUAGUGGAUUCGGACGUACUUCCGACUCCAGCACCUCCUUCUCGGAUGUGCUGCGCUACGUGCGUAAUCCCAUCAUGACCAAUGUCGAUUGCCACGAUACGGCCUGGGGUGGACUGAUCGAUGGACAGAAGAUGUGCCUACAUUAUAUGGAAGCUCGUGCACCUUGUGAUGGAGAUGUCGGAGGUCCCAUGACGGUGGAGGAUGGUGGCAGCACGAUGCUGGUCGGUCUCUACUCCUUCGGAUCGGUGUUGGGCUGUGAAAGUGAUUGGCCAGCUGUGUUCGUGCGUGUCACGUUCUAUCGUCAGUGGAUCGUUGCUAAUACUGAUGUGACGGCAGUGUAAAGACGUCUUUCAUGUGGAGUUCGUUACGGUGUUGAGGAUUAAAUCGCCAUGAAGGUUACCGUGGCAUAUCGGCAUAGGCGGCAGAAUUGUCAAUUAUUACACCGACAAUAAACCAAGACACCUGGACAGGAGCAAGCUGACCAAUCAUGGCUAUAAACAACAUUAACUGAUAAGAUAGAGCGUAUGCAAGAUGAAAGAUAAUGAAUAAACUAACCAAUCGAUCGACGCGACUGUACCGCACCUGUGAGGGAGUUGAUUUUAAUCUUCAAAUUUCGUAACAUUGCUUAAACAUUCGAUUUAUAAAGAGAGUUCUGAUGCAAGGACAAUAAUGGUAAUUGAUAGUGAGAUGAACCUUAUCGCUAAAUUGGAGACCAAGGCUUUCGUAAGGAAGAUGAUCUCACGGUCUGUUACGGAAUGAAAAUUUAUUAAAAGUUUAUUUUAAAGCUCUCAAAGUUGAGUGUCGUCGUCUGUCAAUUUAUUAUCCCUGGUAUCAUCACUCCAUCUCAAUUUGGACCUACCACACCUCAUCACUUUAUUGUUGACACCCUAAAAAAGGAUUUACGGGUGGUGGUCGGGUGUCAUUUUCAUGACGGCACUAGCACGACUUGUAUCCUAGUCACCGCACCAAAUCAUUCUUAUUCAAAUUGCACAAAUUCUCAGAAUUCUUCGGAAACAUCUUCGCAAAGACCUGCACCGUGUUCACACCAUUACCAAUACUUUGGAAUUUGUUGGAACUUUUAACUCCGUUCUGCAUGAAUUGGAAAAAAAACUUCUUAGGCUUGUAGGCUUGGAACAUAUCGAAAUAGCUACAAGAGGAAGGAAAAAACUAGACAUAACGAAAAUGUAAAUCAGCAACAUUUGCAAACUGCGUCAAUCAUCAGCUUUUUUUGCUACCAAAUUCAUUCACCUCACUACGGUAGCGUACGAUAUUCACACCAUGCGAUAUCAUCGUUUCCUGCCUACCGUGAAAUAAACCACAGGUUGUGCCUGCACGGAACACUGAUUUUGUCAGCUUACGGAAGACACCAUUUUGCGAGUGGAUAGAUAUUCGUUAGCAGUGGUUCCGAAAGAAAGCUCAAAGCUUCUGAUGUGUCGCAUAAGGCAAACAAAAAAUUGAUUGAGGUACCAACUGGGUGGUGUGUGGUUUCGUGGCUUACGGUUGAUGGUUCUGUGACAGGCUGAACAGUUUCAUUUAAUCUUCAUGCGAGAUACAGGGUACGAGCUACUGCUUCCUACCUUCAAAAUGGCCAACGUUAUCUACUCAAUAUUUGUUGUGUUAUGGGAUGCUGCAGCCUGUUUAUGCUAUGCUUGCUGCUGAAGCAUAACGAUAAGCGCCAGAUUUGUCCACAGUACAGGUCAGGGUCAGUUAUGUGAAUAUCUUGCCGGUUUAUCGAUUGUGUGUGUUUGUGUGCGUGUGUUGGAAAUGUUGUUCUUUGGUAAACAUCUUACCGCCGAGCUCCGAUAUUCGCUCGGAGGCACCAAAAGAUACCCCGAGUGGAUGUGGAGCCUCAAGUCAAUGGAAGAUGAAAAGGACAAUUUCCACCAAGCAUCCAAACGAACAACGGUUGGCUGUGUUGGAUCCUUUUAUGGGAAUUUAAGGACCCUUAGUCUGUGGGGCCGAAAAGAAAGUGUGCUUGGCAAUGAUUUCUAUCAUAUUUACCCUUGUUUUGAUGGGUUUUUUUCUUCUCUUGCUUUUAUCCGCAAUUCGUCGUCACAAUAGUCUGUGUACUCUCAUUCUUUUUUCCAUUCCGUUUUAUUUCCCUCAACGUGGUACUGCUUUUAUAGGCCGUCGGGGAAGCAAAAUGGUUCGAUGGCUAAAUAAAUUGGCGAAGGUGUAACCGUAGCUUCGUGCGACUAAGAGAAAAAAAGCUCCCGAGAAGCUAAAUUUGAUUUGAUAAAACCGCAUUACACGGCUGGGAUUUGUGAUUUUAUGAAAAAAAACGAGAAAAGACCAUAUACACCGGCGGUACUUCGGUAAAAGAUGAUGAAUUUUUGAUGAUCAAGUUAUAGAAAACCAAAAAGAAAAAAAAAGAAAAUGACUUAACAGAAAAAAAAACCCUUAAAUCCACCUCGGCCCAACAUUGAAACAACGAUAUGAUGAAGAUGUAUUAUAAAUUCGAUCAAAUGAUUGAACACGUCCGACGGAUGUAAGCACAUGAUUGGGUAAGCAUAUAUGGAAACGCUUUCAAAACACGUCGUCAGAUCCGGAUGGAAGAAAGUUUAGCUUUUUUCAAACUGAUUCAACAUUAAUCAGUUUAAAAAUAGCAAACCACCAAGUAUUUGGUUGUUUUUCUUCUCUUCAAGAACACUGUGUGUAUCGUUGCGCGAUCGUUAAAAUCCAGCACAAAACCGGAGCGCAAAAUUGACACUCAUUGGCAAUGGUAAAUGAUGAAAUGAUUUACACCACACGUUAUACAAGACACCUUUCUUUCAGCAGGUUCAGUUUUUUGUUAUUGUGUUUUGAUAAAUUUUGGGAUAUUUGUAUUCGUGCCGUUUUGUUUGCCGUCUUGUUCGCUAGAACGCUUUUCCAUUUUUCACGUUGUUGUUUAUUCAAACAUUUUCAUGUUUGUCUUCAUACCAUCUAGCAGGGUUCAGUGUUUCGAAACAUUCGUCCAAAUAGGGAGCAACACAGCUAGGAGGAACUGGGAACUGGUCAAUUUUUCAUGCUUAAAAAUGCUUCCAUCCACACACCUGUAACAAGAUGUACGAGACGGAGGCAUGCUUAUAAAUGGUUAACAAAACAAAAAAACACCCGGACAAGCAAAAGCAUUAAAAAAGUGUUUAUGAAGAAAUAAAUUUUUAAUUUCAAAACAGCACGGUUCAUUCCAUUCCACACGGUACAUUUAACGGCGAUGGACGGUUGAAAGUGUACGACAAAAUUCAAUAUCCUUUUUGGCCACGCUCUGUUUUGCCGUUCGAUACCGGAAACGGGGAAAAAAGCGGAAAAAUUGACAACAUUGGCAGGGGAAAGGAGAAAAGUUUCCCUUCAGAAAACAAACCGAGCGAAACCGAUGGCGAUGGAUGUUGUUUGCCGGUGUGAAUGCAACUCAACCAAACGAACAUUCAUCGAUUUAAGUAUAUACCAUUCGAAACGUGUGAAAUAUUUCCACACCUGCUAACGGUUUGUGAGGAAAAAUUGCUCAACGCAUCACACACACACACGCCUUAUCUUAUGUCUGACCGUGGAGUUUUCCUCGCGCGGAAAAGGCCAUAUACACACACGCAGACACACGGAAAUAAAAACUACCAAAGCCAAAGCAAACUCCAUGGUACUCGAAAACCAAUCGUUAUAGAUAAAAAUAGAUUCCUAUUAGACCGGUCACCUUGCUGCUUUCCGCUACUACUAGGUUCCGAGGAGGUGUGCCAAAGUGUUAUCCAAUACGCUUCCGAUGCACCCUGGACAACUCCCUGGACCCUUGGUAUGUUCCAUUGGCAGUGAGGCUAAUAAACCGGCCCAGUCAGGCCCAGUUGUUCCAAUGCCUUGUCGGAAAGCAAUUCUCCACACCAUUGGCAUGCCUUUAGGAUAGGAUUGUGAUUGAAGUUGGUGGAAAGUUUUGAUUGUUUUUCUGCGAUCUAUU